AUGAACGGGACAAGGACCAUGUCCACAAGAAGAUGUGCGUCCUCGCCGUCGGUCACAGCUGCGGCCACUUGCUUGAUAUCAAUAUUGAAUAUUUUGGUACUGAUGAACUUCUGUUUUAUAUCUCCGAGCGAUGAUGCUUUUCACUGGUCUAAUCAUCUGAAACGUCUUCGACUGUUUUCGUGCUACGAGAUCUCCGAUGAAGGAUUAAGCGAAGCAGCUUCAAAGCUUCCGUUUCUCGAAGAGCUUGAAAUUUCGAUAUGUCCGAUUUCGAAACAUGCUGUCGAAACCAUCGGUCGCAGUUGCCCUCUCUUGAGAUCAUUCAAGUUCAAUCUUCAGAGAUGCAAAGGCUAUGUCUGUGAUGAUGAGGCAGUAGCCAUUGCACAAACCAUGCCCGAAUUACGCCACCUCCAACUUCUGGGGAACGGAUUGACGAAUGAAGGCUUGCAGGCCAUUCUCGACGGUUGUCAUCACCUCGAAUAUCUCGACUUACGGCAGUGUUUCAGCGUUCGUCUGGUGGGGAACUUGGAGAGAAGGUGUGUUGAACGGAUGAAGAACUUGCGGCACCCUUGUGAUCCGCCUCAUGAUUAUGAAUUCAGUGCAGAAGAUCUUGAUUUCUGGUUCUACCCUUCUGAUUGA